AUGUCUGCCCCAACUCGACAAUUUCACAAGUUGUGCAUCGGUCAGAAUAUGCCAGAUACGGCCCAAGUGAGACCUCGCGCGGGGCCGCCGGACCCUUCCGACGACAGUGACCAGGGCAGCGAAGCCUCGUCGGAGGGGAGCUCCGGUGAAGAAGGGGUGGACGAGGAAGAGGGGGAUGAGAGCACUGACGAAGACGAAUCCGAAUCAACUCACGAGGCCGUCCGCGCACCAUCUGGGAUUACCUACGACCUGAGCGAACUAGAAUCCGAGUCUCAAGCCAGGGCCUUGGUGGGCUUGACCAGUCAUUUCGAGGUGAACUGUCGGGUGACUCCCACCGGACAUGACCUCCAGCUGUUGGAUCGGCCACAGGUGCACGUUGGCUCUGAGGCAACCACUUGCACUUGCUCUGUCUUUAAGGAUCACCCAGAGGAGCCGUGCCAGCACAUCUUUUGGCUCCUCGAUCAACUGCACGGCUGCUUCCUCAAGAAGCCCGAGUCGACAGAGGUAGCACUGGCUUCAGACGGACGCCCGCACAACCUGCCGCCUAUUGAGGGCCUUCUCAAGGGUAAUCUGGAGGCAGUUGCGAAGCAUCUCAAAUGGCAGUACCUACGGGAUGAGGGUAACAGUACAGGUAGAGGAAUGACGCGAACAGAAAAAGUACGGGACAUCCUCUCUGCCUUUAGCAAAAAGACUCUUCCGGAGGACUUCCGCCAGGACUUGACAGAGACGACUGAGCAGGCAAGGACAGCAGAGGCUUGCGUGGUACAGGGCGAUUUCGAGGCAACAAUGUUCCGGCUGGGAGUGCACGACGACGGGGUUUUCAACAGUCUGUGCAAAGCGAUGCCUGUCGAGGCUUGUGCAGCCAUCUACUUCGACAAAGCGAAGGAACACUCGCGACGCCUACUUGAUGACUUUGACCGAUACUGCCAAACAGGCGAGUUGCCCGCAGAGCCCGUGGGCCCAAGUCUGGGUCUUUUUGAGCCUCACGAGAUUGUCUCGCAACUGCAGCGUUUAGUAUUCCGCAUCAUAACCAACAUGUCCGCACGCGCACCACACAGCUCCGAAGCCGCCGUCGAAGCCCUCGUUUUGGUCCUGGACUCAGUCGUCGGUCGCAAUUAUGAUCCUCUUUUAGGAAAUCGUUUAGGCCGGGACUCUUUCAACGGCGAGGAUGAGGACCAGCGCAAUCUGUUCCAUUUGCUCAUUGGGUCGGACGAACUUGAAUCGGAUCCAGACGCGCGGCACUUUGUUCUCAGCGCGCUUGAUGAAUUGCCGCCGUCCGACCUCCACCCUGUCGCUGGGCCGCUGCGCGGCAUCCUCAACAAGAUCGGUCCCGAACGACGUGCCCCCAAGCUCUUUCGCCUUCAUCUGGAAUCGAUAGUUCGCAUCGCUGAAUCCUACGUUCCAGAUACUACAACUGGAGGACAAAAGCGGCCGGCCGGCAAUGGGAAUUCAGGAGGUUACUCGAAACGAACCCGAUGA